GUGAUAUGGCACUGUGAUGUAGCUCCGCCCCCUUCCCAUAGAUGGCCAGCUGAUUUAGGUGUACCAGUUCUGGUUAAAACCAGAAAUAUAAAGACAAUUAGUUCCAGAUUUUACCCGUAUCAAGAAAUCGAGACAGACGCUGUGUUCAGUUUUGAUGAGGACUCACUUCUCACAAAAGAUGAGAUUGAUUUUGCAUUGAGUGUAUGGCGGGAGUUUCCAGAGAGGAUUGUGGGAUACCCUGCACGCUCCCAUUAUUGGGACGAGGCUAAGAACAGAUGGAGUUAUACUUCACGCUGGAGUUACGAGUACUCCAUGGUCCUUACAGGAGCUGCUGUUUAUCAUAGGUACUACAAUUACUUGUACAGUAACGGUCUCAGCUCGGCACUCACUCGCACUGUCGAUGAAUCUCAAAACUGUGAAGAUAUUCUAAUGAACUUCCUAGUUAGUCAUGUGACCAAGCUACCACCAAUCAAAGUGACUCAUAGAAAACAGUAUCGUGAAUCAUUGUUGCCAAAUAAUUCCAAAAAUUCGCAGUGGCUCGAUUCAUUUCAUUUCUCUCAACGACAACUUUGUAUAGAUACAUUUGCCAAUAUAUUCGGAUAUAUGCCUUUAUUGCGCUCAAAGAUGCGAAUGGACCCGAUCUUAUUUAAAGACCCAGUUUCAAACUUACGAAAGAAGUACAGACAAAUUGAAGUGGUGAACACCUGAACAAAAAAAUCAGGAAAAACAAACAUUCAAAUCAAUCAUCAGGUGCGAAAAUCAAAAUUGCUUCAUUACAAGCAGCUUGGGAAAUAAUUAAACUUGCAAAUCAUCAGAUUCAGUAGAGGAAAAGAAAAGAAAAGUUGUUUUUUUAUCAUUUCGUCUUUUGAGUAUAAAAUGAAUAUUACAGGAGAAGAUGAAGGUGUAUGAAAAUUCUGUGAGCUAUAAAACGCAGUGCAAAAAAUAAGAUUAAAUAGGAAAAGUGUUACAAUGAAAUUUGAGAAUUUUCCUUCAUUGUUUGCAGAGAAUUUUGGAUAGAAUUUCAUUCAAAUUGCUUUUCAGAUCAUAAGAAAGGUAAAUGAAUCCUCUUUGGAUUGAGAUAUAAAUGAAUAUGUUGAAAACUGAUAGUCUGUAAAGUUUUAUCACAAGGGGCAUUAACUCUGCUGAUUUUGUUUAAACAAGUAAGAUGUAUAUUUUGGAUCU